AUGCCUCCUGUUUACUACUUAAAACCUGAAACUGUUUAUCAUAAAGCACGAGACUUGAUUGAUGUGGGCAAGAAGAGUAGCGCCUUCGAUAGCCUCUACGAUAUGCUCAGCAAUCGCCGAGCUCGUAGCUGGCAAAAAUCGCUUGAGGAACCCAUGUUUCUUUUCGUGGAACUCUGUGUGGAACUAAGGAGAAACCUUAAAUUCAAGCGAAUGAUUCACCACUACAGGAACAUUUCCAUUCAAGAGUCUCCACAAUCUUUGGAUGAUGUUCUUAAGCGCUACUUUAGUCUUAUUCACGAGAGAACCAAAGAAGCGCGUAAUCAAUCUGAGGACAUUGUUCCCGAUGUUGAAGACUUAGAUGUGCCAGAAACUCCUGAAAGUUUAAUGCUGAAUGCACUAAGUACCGAUAAAUCCCAAAGCAGGACAAGUCAUAGUAUUUUAAUGCCUUGGCUAAAGUUUCUUUGGGAAGGUUAUCGAAUUUGUCUUGAUUUGGUGAGAAAUAACGCCAAGUUUGAGCAUGUUUACCAUCGCAUUGCUAGAGAAGCAUUUCAAUUUUGUGUGGACUAUCGAAGAAAUACUGAAUUUAGAAAGCUCGGUGAUAUGAUUCGAAUGCAUACAUCGCGUAUUCAAAAUGCACCUAAUGCUCCUAACGGUAUCAAUUUGAAUAAUUCUGAUACUCAAAUUUUGCAUUUUGAGACACGUUUGCGUCAGCUUGAUUGUGCGAUGCAAUUAGAAAUGUAUAAUGAAGCUUUCAAAAUUGUUGAGGACAUUUGCACUAUCAAUAUGCUGGCCAAGAAAAUUGACCGUCCGUCUUUGAUGGUUGAAUAUUACACCAAGACGGCCGAUCUUUUUUUGCGUUCUCACUAUAAUCUUUUCCAUGCUGCGGCUCUAUUCAAGCGUUAUAACAUCUACCGCGAUCACAAGAAGGGUAUUUCUGAUGAAGAAUUGUCUUCACUUGGUUCGUCUGCUCUAUGUGCUGCUCUUGCAGUCCCUCUUCCUCACGCUAGAAGCCAUUUUUCCACUUUUGCCGGAGAAUACAAUCAAACAAAACAAAAAGCUCUUGCUGCUCUACUUGGCAAAGCAUCGCUUAUCAACGACUUAACCACAAGUCGUGUUCAAAGUAUUGUCUCUCCGGAGUUGGUGACGUUGUAUGAGGCCCUGGAAGUUGAUUUCCAACCUCUCAAGUUGUCACAAAAGAUCCAACCUGCACUUCAACGCAUAAGUGAAAAGGAAGACCUUGGAGUGUACUUGGAAUCUCUUCAUGAGGUCGUAGUCUCGAAGACUCUGCUUCAAGUUUCUCAAGUUUACCGGACUUUACAUUUCGAUGAACUAGUUAGGCUGUGUCCAUUCUACGACCCUCUCACUUUGGAGAGAUGUGUCGUCGAGUUGAUCUAUAAUCUUGAAUUGCCAAUGCGUUUUGAUCAUCGUCGUAAUGCAAUAAUAUUCGAUGUCUACAUUGACCUUGGAAUUAGCCAGCGGGAUUACUCUAUUGGUUCGUUCUCUGGCCAGACCGGUACUGAUCAAGUUUCUCGCCAAUUGACCAUUUUCGCGCAAUCAUUGUAUCAGGUGGCUGAACUCUUUAAUUUGAAUGAGUCCAGCACUCAAGUUCGUGAUAAGAUGGUUAAGCAUUACUUGCAAACUGCUAAAGAGGAGCAUGAUAAUAUGCUCGAACGUAUUCGACAUAUUGAAGAUCGUAAAGAACAAUUGGAACAGAUGCAGAAAGAGAGAAUGAGGACAAUUGAAGAAGAAGAGGGAAAACUGGAGAACGAGAAGAGAGCUAAGCGUGAACAGGAGGAAGAAACACUGAAAAAGGAGGCUGAGCAAAGAAAUAGGCGUACAGCUGAAGAACAGCUGCAAAUGCGUAAACAAAAAAUGGAGAGGGAACGUUUGAAGACCUUGCUAAACAGUGCCUCAACAAGCAGUUUGUCAUCGGCUGUUGUUCCAGAAAUUAAAGAUGUUGAUCUUGAGCAAUGCAGUGUGGAGGCAAUUGUUGAAAAAAUACAGGGUGAUAUCUGCAAACGUCGCUCUGAGUUGAUGGAUAAGGCCAAUGCUAGGGCUCGCAAGCAGGAUCAUUUUAUUCGAGCCUGCAGGCUUCAGGAAAUUCCUCUGUUACAAGAGGCUGCUGUUGUUAGAGCUAAGGAGAGAUUUGAACUCCAUGAAAAAGCUCAACAGGAGAUUAUCGAGAAUUCUAAGCGUCAACAUGAGAUAAUGUUAAAGAAUAAGGACCGUCUCAGUCGUAUGAAAAGUGAUAUUGGCGAAUUGAAGAAGGUUCUAAAGGCAAUGGAACAGGCAAAGCACAAAGAACGUUACGCUGAAUGGGAGGCGUUGCGAGCUCGUGUUCGCGAAGAACGUUUGGCCGAACGUCGUGCCGCCGAAGAAGAGGCCAAACGCAAGGAACAAGAGCGUCUCAAAGCGGAAGAGCGUGCUCAAAUGGAAGCCAAACUUCGUGAAGCUGAGGCAGCCGAGCGUCGCAGAAAGCAGGAAGAGGAAGAGGAGGAAAAACGACGACGUGAAAAAGAACGAGAACAGGAACAGAUAAAACCUGCUCCGCAAAAGCCGACGGGUGGUGGUUGGCAGAGGAGAGCGGUAAAUCCCUCUGCAACGGCAACGCCAUCAGUUCCUCCGGUCAUUUCCAGGAAAACUCAACCUGUUGCUGCUUCAUCUUCCGCAUUCUCACAAGAGCAAUCCUCGAGAGGUUUCCAGAAUCAACCAUUCAAUCAUUCAGCAUCUACAGAUCAAAGUGGACAAAACUCUCGUAGUACUGGAUGGGUUAGAAAAAAGGUCACUAUCCCAGAUCCUACUCCUUCAAAUCAACAACAUAUUGAAAAGCCAGCUCCUCCUAAGUCGAAACAGCAAGACGAAGAUGAUGGUUGGAAGCAACCUGGAAGACGCCAUUAG